AUGCCGUCCGUCCGCUCCAGCGUCGGCGACAGCAACAACAGCAGAAGCGGCGAGUGUGGCGAGGAAUGUAGUGAUGAAGCUGGGCGAAUGUUUCUGCUGACGGGCUACACGCAUCUACAGCACGUCUCCAGUAGUGCCACUCAUGAGACGUUUGUGGGGCUAUCCGAGUACACCAAGGAGUUAGUACAGAUCCGCGUGUACGCACUGGAGCAACUGCGCAGGUAUCCGCUGCUUCGCGACCGUGUGGAGCGGGGGGUCCUCGUGGCUCGCACGGUGAAUCACCCAAACAUUGUCCAAGGGCUGCCGGCGUUUGUGUCGGAGUCGGACCUCUUCGUUGUGGAGGAGCACUGCGUCGGCGGUGAGCUCUUUGCGACACUGGAUGCGUAUUACCGCAGUCUUGCCUCAGCGACGCCCACGCACAGCAAGUCGGAUGUGCCGUGCAAGCAAGCGUUUGAAUGCCUGUCACUCAAUUUCGUGCGGCGCAUCAUGCGGGAUCUCAUGGGCGCGGUUCACUAUCUGCACACCACCUGCGGUGUGGUGCAUCGUGGUAUCAAGCUUGAGAGCAUCUUUCUUGACGACGACAAUCAUGCCAAAUUGGGCCGUCUUGGCACUUGUGCAGCCAUUCCCGCGCGUGACGAGGGCGAAGGCAUGCUGCAGCUGUGCUGCGCCUCGAGGCACUACGCAGCGCCGGAGCUUGUGAUGGGGUGGCCGUACAAGGGUGAGCUGGUGGACGUAUGGGCGGCUGGAGUUGUACUCUUCGUGAUGUUGACUGGUCGUUUCCCAUUCGAGGAGGGUGACGGUGACGAGGACAUGCUCUUUACGCGCAUCUGCACCGCGGACGAGGUUCUGCUCGCACACCCCGCCCUCGCGCUGGUGCCGGACCCGCUGGCAAUUGAUCUGGUGCGCAACAUGCUCCGUUUGAACCCCGACAGUAGGCUCACCGUGGUGGAGGUGCAGAAGCAUCCAUUCUUGCUCACAGUUCCGGCAUCGUAA